AUAAUAAGCAUAAUAAUUAACAGCAAGCUGCUUGUUUUAUUUUCAUUUUGUUGUUAUCACGGUUAUACAUAUUCGAAGCGCCGAAGCAUUUAAAUAAAUGUUUCGGUAAACAGAAACAAAACAUUUGAACAGCAGCAAAAGACAACAAAUACAAUCAUUAUGAGUGAAGAAGACGAACGAACGCUGUGGUGUGGAAAUUUGUCGGAGAAAGUUACGGAAGAAUUGCUAUAUGAACUGUUCUUGCAGGCCGGCCCGUUGGAAAUGGUGAAGAUUCCGAAGGACAACGACAAACGACAGCGAUCGUAUGCAUUCAUCACCUAUGCCCAUGCAGUCUCGGUAGAAUAUGCCAUCGAUAUUUUCGAAGGUACAAAGUUAUUUCAGAGACCACUGACACUACACAAAAAGACCAAGAAUGGAGCGAACUCGAAUGCUUCCCCGAGAAUGAAUCAGCGUGGUCAGCAGCAUCAGAAUCAACAAGGUGAAAAGAAUGAUACCGGGGGAGCGUUCUCCAUGGCAACCAUGAGCCCGGGAACUGUCAAUCAAAUGAUAGGCAUGAUGGCUCAAAUGCAUCCCCAAGCACUAGCAGGCUUGGGACAACUGCAGCAAGAUCAAAUACAAAACAAAAUGAAUCGAAAUGACAAUUGGUCGCACCAUCAGCACAAGCAGCAGUACCAGAAACCGUAUUCUAGAGACAAUCAAAAGUUCUCGAGGGAUAGAAACGAGUCGCAGGCUUUUUCACGGGACCACGGCGGUAAUCAUCGCGGUAACCGGGGAGGGGGUGGAGGUCAUCAGAGACGAAACGACCAUCGGGGUCGUCGAUAGUACAAGUGUGUCCGGAACGAAUGAUGAUUUUGGUCUCGAUAAUUUUAAAUGCUACCUUACAAGAGCCUGUACAAAUCAAGAAUAUAUUUUCAUUUCUUCGAAUUUUAAA